GUACCCCGCAAGUAGCCCCACUCGUUCCGACUGCACGACCGAGAUAAGCGCGGUAAUAGAUCAUGAGUUCAUGACACACGGAUGCAGAGCAAUAUAAUGUUUCUCCCAUCAGACCAGUUAUAUAACCCCGCGAUUUCACCUUCUCCAGCUACUUGUAUUACAACUUCCUCUUCAUCUUCCCUGAUUGCAAAAUUACUCCGCGUUUAUCAAGAUCCUCUGGAACAAUGUCUCCUAUCAAGUUCACGAAUUAUGCUGGCGUCGGCGAGACUAACAAUAAACUCUACUCAUAUUCACAAUCGGUUCGCAUCGGUCCUACCAUCAAGUGUUCCGGCCAAGGCGGCUGGAAUGAAUCUGGAGAGAUUGUGAAGGGCGAUAUCAUCGGGCAGAUCCAACUUGCCUUUCAGAACGUCGAGAUGAAUGUCCGAGAGGCAGGCGGUGAUGGAUGGGCCAAUGUAUACUCUGUGAGAAGCUAUCACACCGAUCUCGACAAAAGUUUUGAUAUCAUGGUUGAGCAAUUCAGGAAGUGGAUGCCCAACCAUCAGCCUGUCUGGACUUGCAUUGAGGUGACAAAGUUGGGUAUUCCAGGGAUGGAGGUUGAGAUCGAGGUAGAGGCGUAUGUUCAGUAGGGUACUAGUCUGAUGAUAUCAGAGACUAGAUGGGCAUAAGAUUUAGAAGUUAAGUUAGGAGACGAGAGCUACCACGCAUAUAUGCAUAAAGUAUCUAGCUUGUAGAAUAUGUCUAAUUUGGGAACUUAUAUGUGGCCGCCUAACAAGAUAUGCACAAGGCGUAAACACAAGCUCAUAUAAGAAACACUCUGGGGUG